AUGGAGUAUGACUCCACUCGCCUCUCCGGUACACUGCUUUUGGGUUACAGGAAUGACGCAGACGGUAUGCUCCUCAGUGGCCUCGUUCUGCGUUUCUACACCCCUUUUUACGGGGAAUGGCCCAUUUUUCAUGUGUCACGGUUUCUUGAUAAACCUAAGGAUUCUCUUCCAUUACCUGCGUUCUAUAUCGCCAGCGCGACCAAUGUGGCCAACGAUAUCUCCACGAGGGUGCGCAAAAUUGCUUUGGCAACAAUCCUCACACGCGCUGGCCUUAGUUUGGAUACUGUGGUUAUUAGGCAUGCCGCGAGAGAAGUUGUUCUAAUGGCCGUCAUCCCCUGCCUCAUCGAAGCAAUGCUUGUUACGAUUAUCUCUAAGUUUGUCUUCCACUGGCCCUGGGCAUGGGCUGCCAUGAUAGGCAAAACUAUCACCAGGAACCUUAGGUAUGACAACGAAGUGCCCCUACUGCAGCCGAACCCCACAAUGUGCUUCGCCACCCACUGA